UCAAUCAUUGGACAUGGUAAACGUCAUGUUAGGUAGCACUGUAGCUAGCAAGGGAGCAAACGUUAAAAUCCAGAUUGAAUGAAAGUCAGUGAUAGAGGCUGCGGCCAGCUGCAGCAGAAAGGGAAGUUAUCUUACUCAGUACUCCUUUUAUGUGACACCGACCCAGCAGAAAUACGAUUGCUACACACUGACAAAAAAUAGGUUAAAUUUGUUGUGGAAGGGAAAGGUAAGAUACAUCUGCAUUUAGCCGGGCACACACACACACACCAAGAAUUUCUGGUUAAGCAGGGUUUCGUGUUGGUGUAAACCGACGCUGUCCCUGGGAGUGUGUUGGAGCAGACUACUGUAGGUGCGAGAAUGCAGCGGCUCACGGCGCAGCUCGUCGCCGGUCUGGUCGCAGCGGUUCUGUCGCUGCUGACCAAGCAGUGCGUGGCGAACGGCGGGGGCCCCAACCUCGCAGAGCGGGUUAUCUGGGCUGUAAAUGCCGGUGGGGAGGCACAUGUAGACGUACAUGGUAUUCACUUCAAAAAGGACCCUUUGGAAGGGAAAGUUGGUAAAGCGUCAGAUUAUGGUGUACGUCUCCCAAUACUACGCUCCAGUCCAGAGGACCAGAUUCUGUAUCAGACGGAGCGCUACAAUGAGGACACUUUUGGCUAUGACAUUCCCAUUCGUGAUGAAGGAAGCUAUAUAUUAGUCUUGAAGUUUUCAGAGGUCUACUUUGCACAGUCGCAGCAAAAGGUGUUCGACGUUCGCCUUAACGGCCACGUGGUGGUAAAAGAUCUGGACAUCUUUGACCGAGUGGGUCACAGCACUGCUCAUGAUGAAAUAGUGCCCUUCUCCAUUAACCGAGGCAAACUGACCGUGCAAGGAGAGGUGUCCACUUUUAAUGGCAAGCUCGCUGUGGAGUUUGUAAAGGGUUAUUAUGACAACCCCAAGGUUUGUGCUCUAUACGUGAUGAAAGGAACUCUAGAUGAUGUACCAAAACUCCAGCCUCACCCUGGCUUGGAGAAGCACGAGGAAGACGAGGAGGAGGACGACGAAACCGAAGGAGGGGAAGAUGGUGGCAAGAAACCUGUCCUGCCUCGUUCCAAGAACAGGGUCCAGUCGGGCCCCAGAACACCAAAUCCUUACGCAGCUGACAACAGCAGCCUAAUGUUUCCCAUCCUUGUUGCUUUCGGGGUGUUCAUCCCAACACUGUUCUGCCUAUGCCGGCUGUGAGAAAACAUACAAACAAACAAGCGGAGGGACAGAGAGGCAUCAGGGGCUUAACAGACACAAGACGAUGAAGAGAAAGGGGGAGAGCGAGGAUGAAGAUGUCGAGCUGACAACAGCAGCACAGGUAAAAGCAUACACACAGGAGAAAGCUUGAAGGCUUGGGGCAAAAAAUUGGAGCAGCAGAGGAUGAAAAGACGAAAAGCCACUGCCAGGUGAAGCAGACGUUACCGCUGGAAGACGAGGAGACGCAGCAAGCGUGUGCUGCGAGAUUCUGUGAAUGCGUUUCGCAUCCACCUCUCUGCUGACUUUUUUUUUUUUUUUUGAACAAUGUUAGUCAAUUUUACCCAGAGGUUGGGCAGGAUUUCUAGAUCACAGUCUUCAUGGGUUAAAGCCACAUUUCUGUAGCUCAGAGCUCAGGAGUGAUGUAUUUCUAACCCAUUUUUUUUUUAAUCCGGAGGAGAAAUGUUUUGUACUGGGGUGCAGAUUGAACGCAGUGCUGUUAGAUACUGGUUACACCGAAUACAAGUAAUCAAAGGGGCAGUUAUGGUAAACUCUUUUUCCAUUUUACAACUUUUUGUUCCUUUUUUUCACUUAAAUGUAGUUGGCCUUUUUAUGGUUGUGCCAUCACUUAUCUGCCCUAAGAAGCUGAAAGCACCAGCUGUGCAGCGGGAAGACCAAACGCUGCCCACAUUUUUGCCUUUCCAAAAAAAAAAAAAAAAAUUUGGAUUUACAUAAAAGAAUUAUCUUUGACAUUCUUCCACCUAAUAAUUUAGGUUGACAACAAAUGCUCUUUGUGUUGUUCCCUCUAAAGCUGGAUACAUUUUGAAAAUCAUAUGUUUGAUCAUGAUAGGAAUAAGCUGUAUUUAAGCUUUAAUAUUAAUAAUUGGUGCAAUUUAUUUUUUCCUUCAUAUUGCAUGCCUGCCUUUUUUUGUGUCACUAAAAAAUGCCUUUUUAUCGUGUAACAAAUGGAGAACACAGUGGCCUCUUUAUUUAAAAGAUACUACAGCUUAGGUUUUCUGAACUGGCCAAAAGUAGCUAUAUAGGCUCUUUAUGAAUUGAUAAAUAAGUUAAAAAUGUAUACAUGACGAUUUUCGUUAAUUAAAAAAUGAAGUUAUGAUAAAUGUUUUCAACUACUGAGCCAUAAACAGUCUCUCUAUAUGCAGGAAGGGUUUUCUUCUUUUUAAAAAAAAAAAAAAGCACAAAAUCUAUUCAAGCUGAAAAUUGUAUUUGCCAAUUAUAUCAACUUUUGUUCAGUUCAAAUCUCUCAGUCUUUUAAGUUCUGAAAACAUUCACCUUAAUUUUUUUUUUUUUAAUUAAAGGUUUUGUAGCUGAACAGAAAGCAGAUUUGCUCCUCACUUUUGCCUAAGUGUUUGUUCACUUUACCGUUUGUGUGUGAAAUUACCUCCCCAAGUGCUUAGCUCUUCUCCAAGGAUGACUUUGCCUCCACCCGAAACCCUCCUUCACCUCACCAGUUCAGCGGUCGCCCCCUUGGAUAAGAAAAAAAAAAACAUCCAGGAGCUGUGCUUCUUUCCUAACAACUCCUCUCUUUUUAUGUGUUUUUUUUGUCAUUCUCAUAAACGGUUUACGAUAAAAUGUUUCUUUUUUUUUACACCAUAAAUUCAUAUUGAACUCAUAUGCACCUUUGUCUUUUUGGGGGAUUUUUUUUUUUUUUUUUUUUAAAUAGCACCAAAGUCACCAGUCCUGCUUGUCUGCGUGUGUAUAUACGGUACAGAAACACCAUUUUUGUUGUGACAUCAGUUUUCCUUCCAUCAGUUUUGUGUCAAAGUUGAGGUGUGAGUUUUGUUUUUCUGAAGACUUUGUGGCCUUUCUUUUUGGGGAGAACAUGGUACAGUUUUUUUUUUUUAACCUUCAGCCUCAUAAACUGACUAAUAAGGUCAAAUAAAUGACAUUGUGAGACUGAACUAUGUGAUCUUCCAUUUUAUUAAAUAUAAUUUAAAUCAGAGAAGGGUUGACCUGGAGAUGUUUUAUGAUUUGCUUUGAUAUUUGUACAUUUUUUUUCUGCUCAGGAUCUCUUUGUCUUUAAACCGUGAUAUUUUAUUAGUGUGACAUUUUGCACUGCUUGAUACUUUUUCAACAAUGAUUUUUCUUUUGUUUUCCCUCAUCUUUGCUGCCUUGAUUUAUUGACUAAAUUGUGCUUUAUCCUAA